AUGAAGCGAUUCACCCAGGAACUCAGCGAAUUCUCUAAAUCUGAAGGAUACUGCUUGGAAAUUGGAGAUGGAUCAUGGGAUUCUUGGUUUAAGCCCCUACAGGAACAGACGGAAGUCGUAUGCAAUAAGGUGAAGCAAAUGAAAGAACUCCGGGAGGGUUACAACAUUGUUGGUCUUUCACAGGGUAACUUAAUAGGACGAGGUGUUGUGGAGUUCUGUGAUGGUGGACCACCGGUAAGGAAUUUCGUAUCUCUAGGAGGACCUCAUGCUGGUACUGCUUCAGUUCCUCUUUGUGGUACUGGUAUAUUUUGCAUUAUAGCUGACGCUCUAAUCAAAUCUGAGAUCUACUCCGACUAUAUCCAAGCUCACUUGGCUCCUAGCGGUUAUCUAAAGCUUCCUAAUAAUAUUGAUGGCUACCUGACCAAAUGUAGAUUUCUCCCUAGGCUUAACAAUGAACUCCCUGGAGAAAGGAACAACACUUACAAAGAACGACUUGCUAGCUUACAAAAUCUUGUCCUUAUCAUGUUUGAACAUGAUACCGUCUUAAUACCAAAGGAGACCGCUUGGUUUGGAUAUUAUCCAAACGGUAUAUUUGAUCUGAUUUUGAGACCACAACAGACUGAGCUUUACACGGACGAUUGGAUUGGUUUGAAAACAUUAGAUGAUUCCGGAAGGUUGAAGUUCAUUUCAGUGGCGGGAAAUCACCUUGGAAUCUCGAAAAAUGACAUGAAGAAACACGUUGUCCCCUAUUUAGAGGACGAAAAACCUAAACAAGGUAAUGAGAUUUGGCCGAAAUUUGAUCGAUCAAAAGAGGGCAAAUCUGAAGAGGUAGUAUUUGACGGGUUAUCAUCUUACCGGUGGCCAUUACAAGUCAUUAGCUUCUUUGAGGAAUUGUUUGGUGUUGAGAAAAGAUGA